UGCGCGAUGCCUGAGGUAUUCUCUUCCGUCCAUCCUGGGAGUCGUAAUUUCGGGGCCAUGAUGAUAGCAAUUUUAGAAGAAGCCGUAUAAGUAUUGAACGUCGCCGUAACACAGGUUGUUAAUUUGGAAGAAGAAAAGCAUAGAGUUUGGGUUUUCCUCAGUCUCUUUCUUCGUACUAUCUUCCCUCGUUUUCUUCCAUACAGUCUAUCGUUUCUUCCCUUAUUGUUUCUCUUCGCAUAAUUUCGCCAUGCACGUUUCUUGGUUUCCUCUGUUGGGUUUAACCCUUGUUCCAUCAGUACUGGCGGCUCCUAGUACGGCAGCGGUUGAUAACUUCUUACGGUCCAUCGACCUAGACCCAAGCGAGGUGCCUACGAGUUAUAAGACCAAAACUGGUAUCGAUUUCACUUGCGCCAUCCUCUCCUUCGUCAGUAGCGAGAAUGAGGACGAUUCUCAAUAUGUUGCUCGUUCAAGCAGCGAUGUCUACACUCAACAGGCCCAAGCUCAUUGGUCGCCAACGGCAUGGAAAUCGCCAUCUUGCAUCUUCUCGCCUGACAACAUCGACGAUCUAGGACGUGCUGUUCUCAUUGCUGGAUUCUCAAACACUACCUUUGCCGUCCGCAGCGGUGGCCACUCGCCCCUUUCCGGAUGGGCUAGUAUUGAUAACAGCCUCUUGAUUUCUAUGACUAAGAUUGACGAUUUGGAUUAUGAUGAGGAUAGCCAAACUCAGCGAUCUGGGAUGGGUAACCGUUGGGGCGCUGUCUAUGAGAAUCUUGUUCCUUACGGACGCAUCGUGGUCGGAGGCCGUCUAAACGUGGUCGGGCUUGGCCUCGCCACGGGGGGCGGCCUAUCUCACUUCUCGAACCAGUGGGGAUGGGUUGGUCAGAACGUUGUAGCGUACGAGAUCAUGCUUUCCAACGGCACCCACGUCAAGGCCACUGCCACCCAGAACUCGGACCUAUACUAUGCUGCCAAGGCCGGAUCCAACAACUUUGGUAUCGUCACUCACAUCACUCAGCGGACUUACCCCAUGGGUAAAGUCUGGGGUGGUCUCGUACAAUUCCCCGGUAACUCCUCCAAGCAAUUCAUGGCUGCCAUGGCCGAGUACCAGGCCAAGGGACAGCUUGACACCAAGUCAGCCAUUCUACCUUACGUUGGCAUUAACAACGACAGCAUCAUCGCUACUUUUGUAUACUUGGACGGUGUUGUCCGCCCCGACGCGUUCAAACCCUUCUUUCAAUUACCCAUCCUCGCGGACUACACGCAGGUCUUCGAUAACUUCUACGAGUUUGCCAAUAUUGAUAUCCCUUACGCGGUACCGAGGUGGACUUACGCUGCCACGACUCUGGCAUUUGACAGCAACAGCAGCGAAACCUACCAGGGGUUGAUUGACGUAUUCUCUCAAUUCAAGUCGCGCAUCCAGAAGAUUCCUGGUGGCUCCCUCGCUCCUAUGAUUCAGCCGGUAUCCAAGAGCAUGAUCGACAAGUCGCGAGCCCUUGGAGACGACCCCAUGAAUGUGGAGGCUAAGGCACAGCUCUGGAUUGGUAUCAACAUUGGUUGGCUGUCAGAGAAGGACGACGCAGCUAUCUAUCAGAUCCUUCAAGACAGCUUGGCGGCAGUAGAGAGCUACACCAAGGCUCGCAACGCUUACCUACCUUUUGUCUUCCUAAACGAUGCUUGGGCCGGACAGAAGCCCUUCGUGAGCUACGGGCAGCAGUCCCUCAACAAGCUUAAGACUGCCAGUAAGAAGUAUGACAAGAGUCAGAUGUUCCAGCGCCUAGUCGUGGGCGGGUUUAAGCUAUAAUCGGUAGCGAAUGUGUACUCGAUCAUCACUUCUAGAUAACGAUUUUCUAUCGAUUCUACUGUCGGGAUAUACAUGCAGGUAAAGUUAUCUUGCGUAACUUUGUAAAGUAGCUAGGUAUAUAGACGGAAAAGGAUCACGU